AUGUGUUCAAGUGUUUCCAGUCCUUUCAACAAAGCCCGCGACUUUGCACUCUGGUUGUGGAGUUCCCAUAACAAGGUAAACGAAAGGCUGAGGAAAGAAGAAGCUUCUAUAGGUACCGGUGAUCCCAAAUUCCCAAAGACAGUUUGGCCUCCAAAGCAGCUUUGCUCUUCCUGUUACCUUGACUAUGACCAAACAAGCAACAAAAUUGAAUGGAACCAGGAUGAAGUCUACAGGACUCUGAGAAAUUAUUACGGGAAAACACUCGUGUCUCUGUACAAAGAGAAUGGUAUUGCUGGAACUGAAGGAGCUGAAGGAGCCACCCUAGAAGAUUUAACAGUCGGGACGAAUGCAGUUGUGGUGCCGGUUGGAGCUGCUUUGGCAAUUGUUGUUGCUAGCUGUGCCUUUGGAGCACUCGCAUGCUACUGGCGUUCACAACAAAAGAGUCGGAAGUAUUUCCAUCACCUACACUCUUUAAAGAACAUAUGA